AUGCCUCCAAACGGCAGAACUACCAAGGCCGCUGCUACGAUGACGCCCAUUGAGGAACCGCAGGUGCCGGUGCCUGAACAUGAAGUCGUCGCUGAUGAGGCUGCAUCUGCUCCUGCGGUCGUCGCGGCUCAGGACGCGCCAGUGGUCUCUGCGUCUGCGCCGAAUCAUGGUGCUCCCGUUGUGACUUCGGCUGAUCUGCAAGAUCCUUCUGGAUCUCGCCGUUCGGAGCUUCCUGCGCAAAUGAGUGAGGAGGAAGAUGAGGAUGACGGAUAUUUGAUGCGUGCGCUUCUGGUGUACCCAAGGAAGACGCUUCUGGUGUCGGAGGAUGCGUUAAGUGCGCUCACGUGCCAGGAGCUGCUUCCGGCGUGGCUGUCGUGGGUCCGCUAUAGUCGGCUGCAGGUCACGUUCGCCUCCCUUGUUGAUGCGAAAGUGGUUCGCUGUCAUUUGGUGGAUCACGUGGGUGCGAAUGGCAAGACCCGCUACUCAUUCGGCUGGCAACACCCGAUCAACAGCAGCUUCUUGAAGGCGAAGGCUGACAUGCCGGAAGGAGUAGAGGUGCUUCUCAAUGGUGUGCCGGUGGAAAUCACGCCGAUGAUCGUUUAUGAGUCGCUGGCGGUCCACAAGCUGCAGAAAUGCGGGCGGUCGGCGUUCCUGCAAGGCGCGGGCUUCCACCGUGUGAUUGAUCCGGUUUCCAGGCUGGGGACGGACAAGAUUCGGGGCGUGGUGGUUCCGCACCCUGGGGACACUUACCGCUAG